AUGGCAGAUACUAGCAAAGUCCACAGAGCCUGGUGGAAGGAAGCAUCUGUUUACCAGAUCUGGCCCGCUUCGUUCAAAGACUCCAACAAUGACGGUAUCGGCGAUAUCCCGGGAAUCAUCUCCAAGUUGGAUUACAUCAAGAAGCUGGGUGUAGAUAUCGUCUGGCUCUGCCCCUCUUACAAAUCGCCCCAGGUCGACAUGGGAUAUGAUAUUGCCGACUACAAGGCCAUCGCCCCCGAAUAUGGCACGGUCGCAGAUGUCGAGAAUCUGAUCAAGGGAUGCCAUGAGCGCGGCAUGAAACUGCUCAUGGACUUGGUGGUGAACCAUACCAGUGACCAGCAUGAAUGGUUCAAGCAAUCACGGAGCUCCAAGGAUAACCCAUACCGGAAUUGGUAUGUCUGGAAGCCCCCCAGGUAUGAUGAACAGGGGAACAGACAUCCUCCGAACAACUGGAUUUCUCAUUUUCAAGGCAGCGCGUGGCAGUAUGAUGAAUUGACUGGCGAAUACUACCUCCACCUAUAUGCAACGGAACAGCCAGAUCUUAACUGGGAGCAUCCUCCAGUGCGCGAUGCUGUGCAUGAUAUUAUGCAUUUCUGGCUCGACAAGGGGUGUGAUGGUUUCCGGAUGGACGUCAUCAACUUCAUCAGCAAAGAUCAGCGCUUCCCAGACGCCCCCGUCAAGGACCCGCGGAGCAUCUGGCAGUGGGCUGAUAAGUACUACGCAAAUGGGCCCCGGCUGCACGAAUAUCUACAAGGCCUGGGUGAUAUUCUGAAGAAGUACGACGCUUUCAGCGUGGGCGAGAUGCCAUUCGUGCGGGACACGAAUGAGGUGCUGAAAGCAGUCCGAUACGAUCGCGGAGAGAUCAACAUGAUCUUCAAUUUUGAGCAUGUCGACAUUGAUCACGGCGAGUUUGACAAGUUCGAGCCGGGAAGAUGGAAGCUCACAGACCUCAAAUCCUUCUUCGAGAGGUGGCAAAAGUUUAUGUACGAGAAUGGCGGCUGGAACGCGCUGUACUGGGAGAACCAUGACCAGCCACGGUCCAUCGACCGAUACACCGGUGCGCGGGAAGAGGACCGUGUCAUCGCAUCCAAGAUGCUGGCCACGUUCCUGCCACUUCAAUCCGGCACCCCAUUUGUCUACCAGGGCCAGGAGAUCGGUAUGAGAAACGUGCCAAUCUCGUGGGGCAUCGAGGAGUACAAGGACAUCGACUGCCUCAACCACUGGCACGGGCUAGUCAAGGCGAAGCCGUUCGACACGGAAGCCCAGAGAAUCGCCAAGCAGGAAUACCAGAAGAAGUCCCGAGACAACGGCCGCACCCCCGUGCAGUGGUCUCCAGAACCCAACGCUGGAUUCACGGCACCGGGCGUCAAGCCAUGGAUGUCCAUCAACCCAGACUAUGUGAAGUGUAACGCGGAACAAGAACUGAGGGACCCCAACUCGACCUUCAACUACUGGUCUUCUGUGCUCGCAUUGCGCAAGAAGUAUCUCGACAUCUUCGUGUACGGCAACUAUGAGAUGGUCGACCGAGACAGCCAGGAGGUAUUCGCGUACACGCGUCAGUACGAAGACCAGAAAGCGUUGGUCCUUUGCAACUGGACGGCCAAGCCGCUAUCGUGGGACGCCGAGAAGAAUGGCGUGGGCAAGGUCAAGGAGGUAUUGCUGAGCAGCUAUGAGGAGACAGGGACGGCGAAGGAACGAUUCGGUUCUGGUGCAUGGUCUCUUCGGCCGUACGAGGCAGCGGUGUUGCUUUUGGACGCAUGA